AUGAGGUCGACUGGCAUCGCCGCGGGCAUUGCCGCCAUGCUCACGAUCAUGUGGUCCUACUUCAAGGGUGGCGUGCACGACCUUGUGGGCAUGACCCGUGAAGCUGCCUGGCGCAUCCACACUACGAUCGGCACGCUGACCCUCAUUCUGGGUGUUGUGCAUGGGGCAGUGGCAAUCGCGGAGAAGGGCUCAGAUAUUCAGCAGAAUGCCUUCUGGGUUGUUGGCAUGCCAGCCGCUGUCUUGAUGAUCCUUGGAGUGGUGCCGGCACCUUUCGUGAGCUAUGACAAGUUCAAGCUUCUGCACUUCAUUAGCCUGUGGGGAUACAUCGCUGCCCUCAUCCAUAUGUUCGACCAUGCGAUCAGCUUCCAAACCAUCGCCUCCAUUUCUGUGGCCGUCGGGAACGGAGUUGCCAUGCUGGCUUUCAUUGUCCAGAAGGUCUACACCAAGGCGGCACAUGGCAAGGUAACCGUGAAGACGGCGGAGCUUGUCAACGAGAGUGGUGGUCAGCACCUCUUCCUGACCAUGUCAGUUCCCAACUUCAAGUUCAAAGCCGGUCAGUGGGCUCACCUCGCAGUGGGCAAGGCUUCGCCUGUGCCUCACCCUUUCACCCUCGUCCCGGGCGAGACCAGCGACGAAGUCAGGAUCUUUAUGAAGAUCAACAGGAGCGGCUUCACAUCAAAGAUGGCGAAGCUGUGCAGCCCUGAUGCAACCCCUCCUCCCAUGAAGCUGGAGGGCCCCUAUGGGCGGCCGUCCGUUCCAGCGCCGGGGAUGGAGCGCACCGUAUUUGUGCUUGGAGGUGUGGGAAUUACGCCUGGUCUCUCGCUGGCCAAAGCCGCAGCAGAAGCAGCCUCCGGAACAAAGGUUGCCAUGCUCCCUGGAAGCAAGAGGUACUGGGCCCUGAGGAGCCUUGAGUUGCUCAACAAAUCAGCUCCCCUCCUGGAGCCACACCUGGAUGCGGAUCUCAGCGCCAUCCGGCUGAACGGUGCUGGUACGCAAGAGGGAGGGAGUGGCAUGCCGCUGAACGCCAAAUAUGGUUCUGAGGAUAUCGGAGCAUGGCUGGAGUCGGUAGGCGGGGAGUACGUCAAGGCAGGCGUCAAGCAUGCCAUGGUCUUCAUUUGCGGCCCUCCGGGCCUUGCAGAGGCAGCUAAGGCCGCCGCAAAGCGCUCGGCCGGGGGUCUCGCAUGGCACGUUCACGUGGAGGAGUUCUUGUUCCUCCCCUCCUUGGGCCCCUGCGCGGGGAAGACAUCUCAGACGGCUCCCACUCCAGGAAAGGCUUGA